UAGGCUCAGCUGAUUGUAAGCUUUGAAUACUUUGUCCCACCCCAUUUUUUUUCCCUUCUUGCUGGAGUUAGAGAAAGAGGGAGUUGUCCUCACAGCAGCAGAGGGGUGUUUUGCUGUCUCUCAGAUCCAGUCAGUUCCGACUCUGUAAGCCAGUUUUGGACUAUGAUGGAGACAAGUCCUAUCCCAGUGGUGACGGUCCAAACCUCCCCAUUCGAGGACCAGCGGCCCGGUACCAGUGGCCUGCGGAGGAAGACGGCGGUGUUUGAGGGGAAGAGGAACUACCUGCAGAACUACAUCCAGAGCCUGCUGUCCUCCAUCGACCUGCGGGACCGGCAGGGCUGCACCAUGGUGGUGGGCAGCGAUGGCCGCUACUUCAGCAGAGCUGCCACCGAGGUGAUAGUGCAGAUGGCAGCUGCCAACGGGAUCGGUCGUCUAGUAAUCGGUCACAACGGCCUCCUGUCCACGCCGGCCGUUUCCUGCAUCAUCAGGAAGAUCAAGGCGAUCGGCGGCAUCAUCCUCACCGCAAGUCACAACUCCGGCGGACCUGGUGGAGACUUUGGGAUCAAGUUCAAUGUGGCGAAUGGAGGCCCUUGCUCAGAUACAGUGAUGGAGCGCAUCGGCCAGGUGAGCCGGACAUUAGAGGAGUAUGCCAUCUGUCCUGACCUGCGGAUUGACCUCUCGAGGCUGGGAAGACAGGAGUUUGAUCUUGAGAACAAGUUUAAACCUUUCAGAGUGGAAAUCAUAGACUCAGUUGAAGUGUAUCUCCAGCUGCUCCGAAACAUCUUUGACUUUUCGGCCAUAAAAAGUCUCCUCACAGGACCUGACCAGCUGAAGAUACACAUCGAUGCCAUGAAUGGAGUGAUGGGUCCCUACGUGCGCAGGAUCCUGUGCGAUGAACUCGGAGCUCCUGCUAACUCUGCUGUCAACUGCGUUCCUUUGGAGGACUUUGGCGGACGACCUCCUGAGCCCAACCUGACCUACGCCACAUCUCUGGUGGAUGCCAUGAAGGGAGGCGACUUUGGCUUUGGGGCUGCAUUUGAUGCAGAUGGGGACCGCUACAUGAUCCUGGGAGAAAAUGGCUUCUUUGUGAAUCCGUCAGACUCUGUUGCCAUCAUGGCAGCGAACCUCUCCACCAUCCCUUACUUCAGACAGCACGGCAUCAGAGGCUUUGCGAGGAGUAUGGCCACCAGCUGUGCCCUCGACAGGGUAGCUAAAGCCAUGAAACUGGCUCUGUAUGAGACUCCUGCAGGCUGGAGGUACUUUGGGAAUCUGAUGGAUUCUGGGCGCUGCUCUCUCUGUGGGGAGGAGAGCUUUGGGACAGGUUCCGAUCACAUUCGUGAGAAGGACGGGUUGUGGUCGGUGUUGGUGUGGUUGUCCAUCAUGGCGGCCAGGAAGCAAAGUGUGGAGCAAAUUGUCAGAGAGCACUGGGCGAAGUUUGGACGCAACUACUUCUGCAGGUUUGACUAUGAAGGCUUGGACCCACGUGCAGCAUUUUACCUGAUGAGGGAUCUGGAGACUGUUAUUUCAGACAAAGCCUUCACCAGUCAGAAGUUUGCCGUGGGGGACCACAUUUACAGUGUGGAGAGGGCCGAAAACUUUGAGUAUAUUGACCCCGUGGACGGAACGGUGGCUCGGAACCAGGGUCUGAAGAUCACUUUCACAGACGCGUCCCGAUUUAUGUUUCGGAUGAGCGGCAGCGGUGGAGGGAUGGGCGCCACCAUCCGCAUUUACGCCGAGAGCUUUGAGAGAGACAUUGAGAGACACAACAGAGAGACUCAGGUGGUGCUCGGUCCGCUCAUCGCCAUCGCCCUGAAGAUCUCUAACAUUCAUGAGAGGACUGGACGCCGUGGGCCAAAUGUCAUCACAUGAGUUAGCAAGGAGACACGUGCGUGUGCACAGGCAGAAAAUACAUCUACCUGCUCACACUAAAAAAAAAAAAAAAAAAAACCUCCUCCAGUGACCUUAUUCUUUACUUAUCUGCCAUCUAAAAAUGCCAUUUCUGCAGCUUCACAGCAGAUUUUUUUCUCCCUAUAAUCUGGACUGAAUGACAAAAUCCACUGAAGUUUGAGCCACCAGUUUCAAUUCUUUUUUUUUGACAAUUGAACUGUUGCUAAAGAUAAACAGGGGAAAUAUGUCAACAGUAUGUGCAUAGUGAUUGCUGAUGUUCGUUGCUUGAUGCUCUUUUGUUUCUUGUGCAUGAUUUUCAAUGUCAGAUUCUUUUUUUUUUUAUGUAUUCACUCUUUAUAUUAUUCUUAGUUAUUUUCCAAAUCUGUUUGAAUUAUUUGGUUUUAAAACAGUUACACUUAAAAACCCAUUUCUAUUAAUAGCAGCUAAAAUAAUUAAAAAUCAAACAUGAAUUUAAUGUGAAAUUGUUGAGCUUUAUUUGCAAAACGGGACAUUGCCAAAAAUGCUUCUUUUUUUGUCUAAUCUGUAUGAUGAUAUUUGAAAACAUAUUUCUUUUUGUUAAUCCAAAUAAAUAAAAAUGCCUGCUG